UGAAACUACAGAGUGAAAAUGAGGGGUGCAGCCUGACAUUCGGGGCUUCUGUCUGAUUUUCUUUGACGUACAAAGUGAACAGCAUUGGGUUGGAUGUUUUUGACAGUUAUUUACAAUAUUGAGGUGAAAAACAGAUGCAUGUACCCCCGCGAUUUUCCUUCUGCAGUGAGAAUCUAAGUGUAAAGUCGCCUGAAAGUGUCUCCUCGGAGGCACGAAACAAAAAGAGUGAAAGAUGGCAGCCUUUGAGCAGCAUGGAGAGCGGCAGUUUUUCCACCUCAAAGCAGGGUCUUGGUGCUCAAGAGGGAGGGUGUGGGGGAGGACAUCCUCCACAGUCAGGCGUGUACUAACGAGUGUUCAGGACUUGUUGAUGGGGGAGAAAUGUGUUGAUUUAAGAGCUGAAAGCUAGUGGGUGACCGUUUUUUUAUUUUUUUUCCUUUGUCUUGGAGGAAUAUUUGGCGCGGCGUUCUCGGGAACAUCCUCCUUGUGCUAACACAGAGCUCCUUAUGGGGGUCGCAUGACGCACGGAUCGCAUGUAGUUACGUCCUUUUUUUAAAAAUUAGAUUUGGAUACAUCUCGCCAGAACAUGCCAUCGACACAGAAGGUAUUUUGCUCUCUUCAUACCUUCUCUCCAACAUGAACACACGAAGAGAUAAAUCCCCAUCUUUUUGGCACCGCUCCUUUCUCUGCGUCCCCGUGGCUCCUCGGGGGACCACGUCGCUGAUUCCUUCUUGGAAACUUGGCUUGGCCCCACGCUGCGCGCUUCAGUCGGGCGCAGAUCCUUGUAGGAGGCGCCUGUGUUUGUUUUAAUUGCCGGCGGCGCACCGCACGGGCGUCCCCGUCUUCUGAUAAAGCUGUCUGGUGGAAGGAGCGAGGACGACGAGGAGGAGGAAGAGGAGGGGUUGGAUUUUUUUUUAAAUGUUGUUCGUGGGGUUUUAAGGGGAGACUAUGCACGUGACCACUCCACAGACAGUGAGCAGAAAAAGGACCGUAUAGGUAUGAAUAAUCCUCUGGAGUAUCUGCGCGUGCGAGUCUGACAUUGCUCUCCAUCCAUUACUGAUGUGUGGAUUUACGCAUGGAGUGAUUCCAUUUUUUCCCCACCCCAAUCGACGUUUUUUUAAUCUUUUCGAUGAAGACAAUUUGCUUUCAUGUCGUACUAUAAGAAUGAGAUUAUAGAGACCUGCACAGCUGGAGUUUGACAUCACGCAUAACUGCGACCAUGGAACUGUGACCCGCCGGGCUGCGAGCUCUGACAGGCGACUGUUUGUGUAGUCUGUGCUCCGCUGGGCGCAGACUGGACCUGAGCAGCUGUGACAUUUUGAGCCAUGGCUGCUGCCAUCGCAAGUGGGCUGAUCAGGCAGAAGAGACAGGCGCGGGAGCAGCAUUUGGACCGACCUUCCACCAACCGACGCAGAAAAAGCCCCAACAAGAACAAGGGGCUCUGCAAUGGAAAUCUGGUCGACAUCUUCUCUAAAGUGCGCAUCUUUGGUCUCAGGAAACGGAGGCUAAGGAGGCAAGAUCCCCAGCUUAAGGGUAUAGUGACCAGGUUAUAUUGCAGGCAGGGAUACUACUUGCAAAUGAACCCUGAUGGCUCUCUUGAUGGGACCAAGGAUGACAGCAGUAAUUCCACUUUGUUUAAUCUUAUUCCUGUGGGCCUCAGAGUUGUCGCCAUUCAGUCAGUGAAGACAGGGUUAUACAUCGCCAUGAACGGGGAAGGCCAUCUCUACACAUCAGAACUCUUUACAGCAGAAUGCAAAUUUAAAGAGUCCGUGUUUGAGAACUACUACGUGAUCUACUCGUCCAUGUUGUACAGACAACAGGAGUCGGGGAGAGCGUGGUUUCUAGGGCUUAACAAAGAGGGCCAAGCCAUGAAGGGGAACCGAGUCAAAAAAACAAAACCAGCUGCCCACUUCCUGCCUAAGCCAUUAGAAGUCGCUAUGUACAGGGAGCCAUCAUUGCAUGAUGUUGGAGAAACGGUGCCCAAGGCGGCGGUAGCUCCCAGUAAAAGCACAAGUGAGCCUGCAAUGAUGAACGGAGGCAAACCUGUCAACAAGCCGGACAAACCCCCGACAUAGCCACGCCUGAUCGGUGACUUAUGUGCACAUGGAAAAGGGGGGAAAAGGGAUGGAGACAGGGCUUUUUUUCUAGACAAGACUAAACUCCAGACUCUGUUUCUACUGUGGAUCACAUCUGAGCAAACCUCCCUUCCUCUAUUCUCUUGCUCCUCCUCCUCCUCCUCCAUCUUUUUCUCCAACGGUCGACGGAAAUGGAUUCUGAACAUUUCCAGCAUGGGAGGAAAGAGGAGCUCUGAUCUUGGAAUGCCUUUAGGUUACUCUGAAACUGUGAAAAAUCCUUAUCAUGCUUGUGGUACCGCUUGAUAAAAGAAAAAAAAAAGAAAAAUAAAGACAAAUAAAACCUUCCUUUCUCUAUAAUGCCCUGUUGCAGCAGAGUCGGUGUACCUUCAAAUAUAUUUUCUAUACAGCAGUUCACCAGCUAUGUUCUGGGAUAGAGACGAUAUAGAUAAAUCAAAUAUUUGGAUUGUUGUCUUAUAUUUUUUACAAAUAUGUUGUCUUCUUCUCCUCUUUCUAUCUAUAAACACACCUUUCUCUUUGUCAAAGAACAUAGAUGAAACCACAUUUUCCAAGAGAGUUGUUUGGUUUUCUAAAAGAACAUAACUGAGGCAUCAGGAGCAAGAAUACACCUUAAACAAUCCAAAAUCCAUUCUUUUGCCUACAACAUUGCACACACUUUCCAACAAAAGUCACACACACACAAAAACCAUAAAGUUUGUGAGGCAAAUGCGAGCUGUUGCGUUUUUUGCAGCACAUAAAAAACACAUUGGAGGCUGACAGAUAGCUCCUGCAAUCAUAGUUGAUUAAGUGCUAAUUACCGCCACUGCAAUCAAAGCAAGAAGCUCCUCACACACACAAACACAUUCAUAGACAGGUGUGCGUGUGGGUGGAAGAGGGGCUGUGAUGAAUGGUGUAUACAUAUCACUAUGUUCCACCGGCGGUUCAUUCCGCUUUUCUCUGGUAAAAAAGAAAAGCUGAAAUCUAUUUUUCUUUAUCUUUAUUUCAGAGCGUGGGCUCUAGGAAUAUUUCUAGGCCUUGUAGGCCUCUGUCUAUCACUCAACUGACAUUGUUGGACUGCAGGCGGGGCUUACAGCUUCGACCCAGACGGUCUGCCUCUGCAGCGCUGGCGGUCUUUAUAUGGCACUACUGCUCAAACAAAUAUAGCUGUAAACCAGGUUGUGAUAUUUAUACUGGCUGCGUCCCUGCUUGGUUCAGCAAACUAAAGCAUGGAUGAGGUUCUCUUUUUGCAGCAGUAAUACAAGAGACGGCUUCUCGUGUAUCAUUAUCACUGUAUAAAUCUUAGGGAAAAUGUCUAUUUAAACCAUACCUUUUUAAACGACUAAAUAUUAUUGUUCUUGUUAUGAGAGAAUUUGUCUCCGAACUCAGCAUGCAGAGUCCAGUACUGAUCAUCUCGGCCUAUCACGUGCCUGUUUGGACCUUGACUCCCGGCAUGCAAAAAACAAAAUCCCAGUCCCCACUGGGCCAAAGGUGCCUCGGUCACCCAUUCAUGUAGAGGAUACGUAGCAUUGCUCACUAAAAAAUUAAAAAAAAAAAAAAAAACGACCAAAAAAACAAUUACACUUCCUUC